AUUUAUUUCUCGCCAUCAUCCUAACCUGUUUGCAGCCACUCAUCAGUUGUGCACUUUCCAAUGAAUAAAAAACUAAGCUUUGAACGGAAAUCAAAUCUUUUCAUCCGUGCUGCUGGUCAAAUGUUGUAUCGUGGAAUGAAAACCGCUGUGAAUGAGGAGAUUUAUGCAGCACCUACACGAUGUAGAACAACCAAACACGGGUAUGAGGUAAGUAUGGUACGAAUAAGGGCCAUGGCCAAGCGCAGGAAAAUACGGCAAGAAUAUGAGAAGGAGGUGCGGUUGCAUGCAUGGAGUGUUAUUUUGCAAGCAGACAAUGAUCUGCACGUACAUACCACGCACUCGUUAAACCAUCACGUACCGGUAAGUGCGUGCGAUGAGUGCUACAUUCAUUCGCUAAGAGUAGUUUUUCAUCGCCUCACACAGGAAUGUACCGGCGAGCAGGUCGUAGCUCAUCCACAGCACCUGUGCAGGGAUCACCGAAUUAACAGAUCGCGUGUUUUUAGCAGCGAAAAUGUUCGCACCCCCAGAAAAAUAAUGUACGACGAUGCACUCGCAGUGUUCUCGCCCGACGGCCGUCUUAUACAGGUGGAAAAUGCCCAAAAAGCAUCGGACCAGGGCAAUCUUAUCGCCUUUUCAUGCGUGAGCAAGCGCAUAUCAGUUACGUUCGACCAACGGCUGCUCGACCGCAUGCGCAUCGAGCCAUCCAUAAAACUGCACCUCAUCGAUGCCGAUCAGAACAUUUGGCUCGCAUUCUCGGGCCUGCGGCCCGAUGCGCUCCGAAUUAUAUCCGAGGCGCGGUACCUUGCAAGACAGUACCGGUACACGUACAUGGUGGACAUAAGCCUGCGGCAGUUGGCAGGUGAGCUUGCGAUGUAUAUGCAGCGGUACACGAUCACGCGGGGUGUCCGACCGUUUGGUGUGCGUGUUAUACUGUUCGGGGUGGAGGAGUGUGCGCGUGCGUUUGUUGUUGGGCCGGAUGGCAACUACUCGGAGUACAAGGCCUGCGCUAUUGGACAGAAGGCGGACAAGGCAGUGCACUUUCUGGAGGGUAAUCUGAAGGAUGAUUGUGUGUGGAACAGCGUGAGUGCGGUUAGGGAUGCCGCACAGAAUGACUUCAGUAAAAUGGUGACGUAUUUGAUUGACGAGAAUGGGAUGAGAGUGGUUGAAAGGGAAGAAAUUAAUGUUUAG